UUCGUAUGCUAUAUUUUUCAAAUUUAUUUGCAAUUUAAACCAUUGCUAAUUCAUUAUUGUUGUUAAUAUUUACGUUAAUUUAAAUUAAAUUAAACAUCAUGCCUGGUGACGACGACCAGGUAACACCAACACCAUCAAUCGACAGGGUGAGCGUCAAACUACCUCCGUUUUGGAAAACCCGUCCCCAAUAUUGGUUUGUACAGGCCGAAGCAAAUUUUCAUUUAGCAAACAUUACGUCAGAUAGUUCGAAAUACAAUUACGUGAUUAGUGUUUUAGACGAAUCUGUAUUUGACCAUGUGGGCAAUAUUUUAACAAACCCACCCGAGACGCAACGAUACGAAACAUUAAAGAAACAGUUACUUAGCGCAUUUACAGACAAUGAACGCAUGCGCAUUCGAAAAUUGCUUACCGAUUUGUCCCUCGGUGAUCGCAAACCGACGCAUCUUCUACAAGAAAUGAGGCAAUUGGCCGGUGAUCACCUCGACGAAGAUUUUUUUAAAUCGUUAUGGCUGCAAAGGCUCCCCCACCACGCGCAAACUAUUUUAGCCGCCAGUAACGAGGCUUUGCCGCAAUUGGCAAAAAUGGCCGACAGUAUUAUGGAGGUACAACCCGCACACGGACACGCCGUGAACGCCGUAAAUAUUACAAAAAAUACAACAACGCAAAAUAGACAAACGACUAUUGACGAUUUAAUAAAAAAACUCGAGAAUAUCGAAACCAGGUUAGUGCGUAUGGAACGACGCAGCCGCAGCUCGUCACGCAAUAGAGACACUAAAUCUCCAAGAUCUGCCUCGCCAGCAGACCCUUCGGUAUGUUGGUAUCAUACCACGUACGCUGAAAAAGCUACCAAAUGUCGAAAGCCGUGCAAAUACGUACAACAAAACAAAGAGUCAGCGUCAAACUAAUGCCCGGUUCACACUUGGCGGAGUGUGAACGGGGGACUUCGAACCGCCUUACUAUUAUCGAUCGAAUAACUAAAACACAGUAUCUUAUAGAUUCUGGCGCCGACGUUUCGGUGAUACCAGCAUCGCCAGAAGAUAAACGUAGGGGGACAGAUAAACUUACGCUUACGACAGCAACCGGAGCACCCAUCAACACUUACGGACAACGACUCGUAGAAUUAAAUUUUGGUCUUCGUCGUUGUUUUCGUUGGCCAUUCAUUGUAGCGGCUGUGGAAAAACCCAUUGUAGGGGCAGAUUUCCUAGCCCAUUUCGAUUUAUUGGUGGAUUUAAAACGCAAACGCCUGCAAGAUGGCACGACACUCUGUCGCGUCCCUUUAUCUCCAGCCCCCGGACAAACUUGCACCAUGCUAAGCAUCACCAAAAAUAAUAAAUAUUACUAUUUAUUGAAUAAAUUUCCCUCUUUACUACGACCUUCCGUCAAGCCCGUCGAAUUAAAGCACGCUGUCAAACAUUUCAUCGAAACGAACGGGCCUCCAGUUUUUUCACGUCCGCGAAGGCUCAACCCCGAAAAACUCGCCAUUGCUAAAAACGAAUUUGCAUUUAUGAUGCAAAACGGACUGUGCCGUCCAUCUCGUAGUCCUUGGGCAAGUCCCCUUCACCUAGUGCCUAAAAAAAACGGUGAUUGGAGACCGUGCGGAGACUACCGCCGACUGAACGCAGUCACGGUACCAGAUCGUUAUCCAGUACCUUUCCUUCAAGACGUAUCGC